CGAUCUUAGCCUUUACCCACUUCAAUCGACUUCACACCGGUACCAUGUCAUAUAAAUCUUAUACGCAGCCUGUAGUUGACUCGAACAAGAUAUUCAGGGAUGAUAUCUUUGAGGGCAAAGUGCUGUUCUGCACUGGCGGUGGCUCCGGGAUCUGUCGUGGGAUGACGGAAGCAGUGAUGCGCCACGGUGCCAAUGCGACUAUUGUUGGACGGAAUCUCGACAAAGCGACACAGACCGCCAAGGAGCUUUCAGCUACAACAGGCCGGACAUGUGUCGCCUUUCAGGCUGACGUUCGUCAACCGAAGCAAGUGCAAGACGCAGUUCAGAAAACAAUCGAAAAGUUCGGCAAGAUAGAUUUUGUAAUCUGUGGUGCCGCCGGCAACUUCCUUGCUCCCAUAUCUGGUUUGUCGGAAAAUGCAUUCCGCACGGUCCUCGAAAUCGAUACGCUUGGAACGUAUCACACGAUCAAGGCCACCUUACCCCAUGUCCAGAAGUCGAAGGGCUCUUACAUUCAUGUCAGCGCCACAUUGCAUUACCAUGCCACGCCAUACCAGGUGCACGUCUCCGCCGCUAAAGCAGCCGUUGACGCCACCUCCGCUGUCCUUGCCAUCGAACAAGGGCCGCACGGGGUUAGAUCCAAUGUCAUUGCCCCUGGACCUAUCGCGGGUACAGAAGGCAUGGACCGGCUCUCUGCGAAGGGUGGCGAGAACGAAGGCUGGUACGAGAAGUCUGCUCCAUUGGGACGCAUGGGGGACGUCAGAGACUGCGCCAAUGCAGCCGUGUUUUUAUUCAGCGAUGCGGCCAGCUUCAUUACAGGACAGGUCCUCGUAGUCGAUGGAGCUUUCGAUCAGCUCAGAAGCACGUCUCUGCCCUACCCGCAGAGCGUGUUAGACCCUGAGUCUGUGCAGAAGAUGAUCAAAGCCAGGAUGUAGGGACCAACACUUUUUCACUGUUGCUUGUAUCAUGUUGUAUUGUCACUGCUAUGCAUGGGAUUUAUUUUCGUAUUUCUGAUGGGCAUGUACCAGCGAUGUCAACGUUAUGUGGCCCCGCAGAUGUCCGCUGUAAUGAAGGGAUGACUGAU